AUGGAAAACAGAAAAAACAACGAAGAAAAAUAUGAUUGCGAGGGAAAAGGAAGAGAAGAAGAAAAGGAACGGGAAAAGGAAAAGAGAAAGGAAAAGCAAAAAGAAGAGAAGAAACCGAGGCAGGGAAUGAGGAGGAUGUGUUUUGCCUGCUUUGUGGAGAAAAAUAUGAAGAGCCACCUACAGAAAGCUGGCUGCAAUGCCAGUCGUGUUAUGGUUGGGCACAUGAGUUACGUUCUGAUACAGAACGUGGCUAUUUCUUAUGUAUCAACUGUAAACCCUAAGACUUUCCUAAUAUUCCAUCUUGCCCGCAUAAGGGUUUCCAUUUUGCCUUCCACAUGA